GAUGGCAGCAGAACCACUGACUGAGCUGGAGGCUGCCAUUGAGACAGUAGUCACCACCUUCUUCACCUUUGCGGGGCAGGGGGGCCGGAAGGGUAGCCUCAGCAUCGAUGAGUUUAGGGAACUGGCCACUCAGCAGUUGCCUCACUUGCUCAAGGAUGUGGGCUCCUUAGAUGAGAAGAUGAAGAGCUUGGAUGUGAAUCAGGACUCCGAGCUCAAGUUCCACGAAUACUGGAGACUGAUAGGGGAGCUGGCCAAGGAGAUCCGGAAGGAGAGGGCCCUGGAGAUCCAGAAGAAGUAAAGCCCUGACCAGGAUAGUGCUGGGCGGUGCUAGCCAGGCAGAGCCCCACUCCCUCCA